AAUAAUACACCAUGACCAUACCUUUUCCCUCAAAAACAAAGAUAACCUUAUCCAAAAUGAAACACAAACAAACUUUUUGUGAAGGUUGAAAAUGUAAUGACAAAUAAUGCUAAACCUAAACCUUCUUUAGCUCCAAAAAAUAAAACACUAUCUAGAUUUUUUUUGAAUAAAACAUUGAUGCUUGUGUGUGCUAAUUCAUCAUCACACCAACCAUGGUCUUCAACAAUUCCAACAUUGAUUAUGCUCCAAAAAUUCACAACCAAACAACACAUGAAUCAAAUCCAUGCACGUUUAAUAACAACAGGAUUCAUCAAAAACACUUCACUUACAACCAAACUUAUCCUCACUUUUAUUUCUUCACCCCAUAAACCUCUCAUUGAAUUUGGUCGUUACAUUUUCAUCAAGAAUCAUGCUUUUUGUGAUUUUAAUGACAGAGAUGAUGACCCUUUUCUCUGGAAUGCUGUUAUCAGGUCUUAUUCUCAUGGUAGUGAUCCAAAAGGGGCACUUUUUUUGUUGUGCUUGAUGGUUGAAAAUGGGGUCUUUUUGGAUAAGUAUACUUUUUCACUUGUUUUGAAAGCUUGUUCUAAGAUGGGUUUGAUGAAAGAAGGAAUGCAGAUUUAUGGAUUGUUGUGUAAGACAGAUAUUGGGUCUGAUUUGUUUUUGCAAAAUUGUUUGAUUGGGUUGUUUAUGAGAUGUGGGUGUGUUGAAUUUGCAGAGCAAGUGUUUGAUAGAAUGUGUAAGAGGGAUUCUGUUUCUUAUAACUCGAUGAUUGAUGGGUAUGUGAAAUGUGGGUUAAUUGGAAAAGCGUGUGAAUUGUUUGGUGAGAUGGGAAUGGAAGAGAAGAAUUUGAUUACCUGGAAUUCAAUGAUUAGAGGAUAUUUGAGAUGUGGUGAAGAUGAUGAUGGGUUGAGGUUUGCUUGGAAUUUGUUUGUUAAAAUGCCGGAGAAAGACUUGGUUUCUUGGAAUACGAUGAUUGAUGGUUGUGUGAAGCGUGGGAACAUGGAUGAUGCUCAGGUGUUUUUUUAUAUGAUGCCGGAAAGGGAUUUGGUUAGCUGGGUUACUAUGAUUGAUGGUUAUGCUAAAUCCGGAGAUGUUGUUGCUGCGAGGAGUUUGUUUGAUGAAAUGCCAAGGCGAAACGUCAUUUGUUGUAAUUCAAUGAUGGCUGGCUAUGUUCAAAAUGGGUAUUGCGUCGAGGCUUUGAAGCUGUUUUAUGAUAUGAGAAAGGCCACAGAUAUGUUACCGGAUGAUACGACGUUGUUGAUUGUUCUUACAGCAGUCGCGCAAUUAGGACGUGUAGAGGACGGAGUUGCGAUACAUGGAUAUUUAAUGGACAGUGGUUACUCUCUGAGUGAUAAUCUCGGUGUUGCCCUGAUUGACAUGUAUUCCAAAUGUGGAAGCAUCGACAAUGCUAUCUCAGUGUUCGAGAAUAUUGAACAAAAAUGUGUUGAUCAUUGGAAUGCUAUGAUUGGUGGUUUAGCUAUUCACGGAAUGAGUGAAUUGGCUUUUGAUUUUUUCAUGGAAAUGGAAAGGCUUUGUAUUAUACCUGAUGAUAUCACAUUCAUCGGAGUAUUGAGUGCAUGUAGGCAUGCUGGAAUGUUGAAAGAAGGACUUAUAUGUUUUGAGCUUAUGCAAAAAGUAUACAAGCUACAACCAAAACUGCAACACUAUGGAUGCAUGGUAGAUAUGCUUAGCCGUGCCGGACAUGUCGAAGAAGCUAUGAAACUCGUCCAAAAGAUGCCGAUUGAACCUAAUGAGGUGAUUUGGAAGACUUUGCUUAGUGCUUGUCAAAUUCAUGAAAACGUCUAUAUAGGAAAGGUUAUAGCUCAACAAUUGAUUCAACUAAAGUCAUGCAGUGCAAGUUCUUAUGUGAUCUUGUCUAAUAUCUAUGCUAGUUUGGGAAUGUGGGAUAAUGUUAGAAAGGUUAGGAUAGAAAUGAAAGAAAGAAAUUUAGGGAAAAUUCCAGGUUGUAGUUGGAUUGAAUUGGAGGGAAAUGUUCAUAAGUUUUGUGUACAAGAUAGGACACACCCUCAUGUUAAUGAGAUUUAUUCUCUGUUAAGUAGUUUGUAAAUUCUUAAUUUGAAGCUCA